AACUCUUGCAUAUAAUAAAGCUUUUCAAAUUUUUAUUCUCGAAAGUCAAAUACUUACUAGGGCUACAUAAAUAUAAAACUAUUUCCAAAAAAUAGUAUAAAUGUUCUUUGUUAGAUGGGUCUAUAUGUCCUCAUAUCUCUUAAAAAUCAGAUCAAAGUUGAAGAGAGGUGAGGUCGAGAACUACUUAUAAAACUAGGUGCGAACCCGGAGCCGCGUGGGGGAAUAUUUCUACCACUAGAUAACGUUAUUUGGACGCUUCUAAGUGAGUAAGUGCUUGCCAAAUGGCCCGCGCCGCGGAGCUUUUAAUGCAAUUUUGCGUCCCUUUGUGAGAGAAUUGGCGCAAUCAAUCCAUUUACACUUUGUUUCGCUAACAUUCUACGAUGUACCCGCCACCGGCUUUUAGCGACAACGUAAUUGCCCUUUCAGAUGCAUAUUUCUGAGAAAUAUUUUUUAAAAAACCAUUCUUACAUUAUUAUGGAAUCCCGUUGAAUAAUGUCGCUGUAAAAAACGGUUUUAAAGUUCUGUUUUAUAUUGUGCAUGUCAAUCGAGUGGAUAUUUUGUUAAUAUUCACAUAUAUAACCUCCUUUCAAAUUUUUGACAGCACUGUUAUAAAACUGACGAUUUUAAAUGUAGUAGGUAUAUGUUUUGUGUUUAUAAGUGCGUGAGUCGAAGAUUCGAUAACAAUAACAUUAUAAUGAAAAGGUCUCAAGGAUGCAAAAGUGUUAACCGUCGCAAUAAAAUAUUUAACCAUCUCAAUCGAAACGUUGUGUAUCCGAGUUUAUACUUUGGUCCGGAUGAUAUAAGUAAGCAAAGCUCCGUCGAGAUAAAGGAAUUGAGAUCUGACGAGGAUUCUGAUAACGAACAACCCGAUGACCUGAAUCACAGUCACGUGUGGUGUUACAAUGACGAAGAACAAGAGAGCAAUUAUAAAAUAAACAAAGAAGCCAGGGAACGAAGACGCCACGUCCAAAAUGAAAACAACGAAAUAUAUAACGAAUUGUUCGAUCAAAUGUGUACUGAGUUUUAUGGUAUCGACUGCCACAGUUCAUUCGACGGUGCAACGGUCAAUCAAGAUAAAGGUUUCACUAUAAUCAAGAACAAUCCGCCCUACGACACGUCGUCUGACGAAGAAUACGACGUGGUGGAAAACGAUGACACCUUCAAUAUAAACGAUAUUAAAAAUGAAAAAUACUGCGCAGAUGAUCUGGUUAAAUACAGCAACGGCUUCAGAGAGAAACGGACUAUCUGGAUAUUUUCAGAGAAAAAUAGAAGUGCAUUAAGUGGACAUGAUUAUGGCUUAAUAAAUAUUCCUGAUAUAGACUCCAGUAGUACUAUCACUGAGGAUGAAGAACCUACGAGAGAUAUCAACGUGGGCAGCGUACGCAGACUCGCUACUCCCAUACCUACCUAUAUACCUAAGCUAUGUUUACCGCUAAGUCCUACUUUACCAACGGUUACAGAGGUAGUGGAAACUAACAACAAAUCUUCAUCCAAUGUUAGUGAGACUUAUAACAAAACGGUCACACCACAAAUGCCGAGAAACAAUUGGGUCCAAGAAAUAAAAACCGCCAACAGCGAAACCGGGCAAGAAUGUACAGCAAAUAAUAGCCAAAUAAUGCCUAAGAAUACUCUGACUCCGAGAGAAAAGAGAAGGCUUAAGAAUAAUAUAGAUAACAAGACGUUCACGAUAAACGAAAUUAUCGAAGUACCGAUAGUUUCUAACAGUUUAGAAACUGAUGUUACUAAUCCAGAUGUCACAGAAAAAGUAAUAAAAAUAUCACAACUAAACGAACCGAACGUAGAGAAAAAUACGAAGGACGAUGUAGAUUCAAAGAGUUCGUCGGAGGAACUGCCGAAUUAUCUCCAGAAGCCACAAAUAAAAGUCAACAGAAAAACCAAACCGCAUUCAGAAAUCAUAACCGAACCGUUGGAAAAACCAGACGGUAAUUGGAUUGGUGACGAAGCGGAGAAAACAUCGGAAAUUUAUAAUUAUGACAAAGAAAUGACAUCUGUGCAGAGAGUGACAGCCGUUGACAUUGACAGUUCCAGAAGUGUUGCCAACAAAUUCUCCGUAGCAAACAUGGCGCUCAUGAAACCCGCGGCGUGGACGCAAUACUUACCAAUAACGGGAAGCGUUCCGUCCCUACAUCUGUCAUUCGAAACGAACUACGAAUCAGAAACGAAAUCGUGCUUGAAGAGAUUCUUCAAAUACGUGAACUGCUGUAGAAAAUAAAUAAAAAUAAAACAACAACAUAUGUAUGGCGAAUUUAUUAAAUUCAAUCACUAUCAACUUCCAGUAAUUGAAGUACUUAAAUAAACCUGUAAUAGAACAUUUCAUUAAGGUACUUGCAACGGAGACCACGAAAAUUAUCAAACUAUUUACACACGCGCAUCACAAUACGUUUGUAAAUCAGGAAUGUUAUAUAUGAAUCGUUUGCUUUGAUUUUGACAUUUACACUCCACAGACAUUAUUAUUAAAUACAUUUAUAUUGUAAAGUUAAAGGGAACAUUUGAGACCAGC